CAACUCCAUUUCGAGUAACACACGUGUACGAGGUAGACCCUAGCGGCCUAGCAGUUUCAACAUUUUUAUUUCACUUACUGACAGUUUUUUUUUCUUUUAAUAUUUUUACUCAUUUUUUUGUGCUUUAUAUUUUGUGUUUAGUUUUUUUGUACUAUCAAACACUAUCAUACACUAUACACGGAACGGACGUGUUACGACGAAGACGAAGACGACGACGGUAGACGCCGCCAGGAAGAACGACGGAGAAAAGGCCCCACGUCUUCAGUGCGACUUGGGCGAUAAGUCGUUCGCCACCAAGAGCAAGCUGAAGUUCAAGGCUGGCGGCACCCCAGCGACAAGCCGUACAAUUGCUAUACGUGCGGCGAUUCGUUCGUACCCCUGUCGACGAUGUCGGACCACCUGGCGACGGACGCUUUGAAGACGUACCCGUGCUCGGAGUGCGACUCGACGUUUGCAUCAAGGUACUCGGCGAAGGUGCAUAUGCGGCGGCACACGGGCGAGCGGCCGUACCCCUGCGGCAUAUGUGACAAGUCGUUCAGUCAGAUGGCCAUCCAGAUCAAUCACCGGCGGACGCACACGGGUGAGCGGCCUUUUCCGUGCGACCUGUGUCCCAAGGCGUUCGCGACCGAGUCAACGCUGUCCAAUCACCGGCGGACGCACACGGGCGAGCGGCCAUACCCGUGCGGCAUAUGCGACAUGUCGUUCAUGCAGCAGGUCAUCCAGAUCAGGCACCGGCGCAGGCACACGGGCGAGCGGCCUUUUUCGUGCGACCUAUGUUCCAGGGCGUUCGCGACCGAGUUGACUCUGUCCGAUCACCGGCGGACGCACACGGGCGAGCGGCCGUACUCGAGCGAAUUGUGCGACAAAUCGUUCGCCGUCCCAAGCACGCUGAAUAACCACUAUUGGACGCACAAACGGAACACAUGCUACAGGUGCGGAGUGACGUUCUGUGACUAUAAGAAACUGAAGGAGCACCGGUUGUCGGUGCAUCCAAGGGCUGUUGUAGCUGCAGAUGCGGGUGACAAUGAUAACGAGCGACGUACGGCGACCGCGACGACGACGACAGAAUUAUAGCGACGAUAAUUAAUUAUAGAUAUCAAUUAAAUGUCGAUAUUAUUAUGAAUAAAGAUAAUAUGAUUU